AAUUCCCCUUCUUUACCUUCCGUCCUCCCGCAGCUCAGCUGGAUGGAGGAAGGUUGUUUCUGCGGUGUUGUGGUUUUAGCAAUAUUUGGCUGCCCCGGGGUUGUUAAAUCGUGUUAUUAAGAAGUUCCAAGAAAACGAUGGCAGACACGACGUUUUUGAAGUUUAUUAACGCUUUCGGUCGAGCUGUGGAUGGACCUGUGACAUGGUGGAGAGAAACUAUAGUCACGCCGAAUCAACAGAAGCACUAUUGGUAUCACAGGAAAUACCCUCGAGUUCCCACAGUCGACCAAUGUUACACCGAUGAUCCAGUUUGCAUCUUUGAAGCAGACCAACAACUUGAACGAGACAUGGCUGUUGAUGGACAAAUUGUCUCAAUUUUGCGUCAGCGUAGUGAAUUCUGUGUCCGAUACCAUGGGGGGCAAGACGAAAACGCUGUAAGAGAAUGCAAGCCUCUUUGGGACAUGUAUCAAGAGGCCGCAGGAAAUUAUUUCUGCAAAUAUGGUGAUAUGGGAUUUAAACCUUCAUCAAAAGAAGUCUAUAUGAAGGAGAAGCACCGUUUGAUCUGGGAGCGUCGCUAUGGAAAAGUUGGAUCAGGAAUGGGUCCCAAAGAGGAGUAAGUAAGCAUCAUAUGCUGUAGGACUUUCAAUUGUGUAUCCUAAAUUUUCUACAAUGGCAGCAACUUUGGAAAUACUUUCAAAAUUCUUUCCUGGACUAGAGGUGACCCUGCUCAUUUUCAUGGAACUUUGUACAUAGCAUUUGUAGAUUGACUAGGGUACAAGAUUGAGUUUACUGUCAUUAGAUUUUAAUUUGAAGGUAUAUUUCCUGUUGUAAAUAAAACGCAGCCUGGUGUGUACUGCACUGUUAAUAAAAAUCAUGUGAAAACUG